AUGGCCAAGGCCAGAACCAGCAGCCUACGGAGGGAUGGUGGGCAUUCAGAUGAUCCUACAAACGAGGAAGAUAGAGGUCUCCUCUCGGGCAAUUCGUCCGACGAUGAAGAUAUCGUCGUCUACCCCGGUGCAAGCUCACCACCAACAGAGCCUCACACCCCACGAACUCCCAAUCGUGUGCGAUUCGACCUACCUCCAUCCCUAAACAACGACGAUGCUAGUGACAGCUCUCCUCCUCCGUACAACGAACCACCCCUCUCGGGCCGCCGCGAAGCUCGUCCUCAGAACAUCGUGCCCCUCCUCACAGACAUCGAAGCUCCCUCCGUUACAUUGGCUGCUAGCCCCUGGGGCAACGAUGUACAUGAGUGGGCUGAACGGGAGCGCCAGCGCCCAAGGUCCGGGCUGCGGUCUGCCUUCAUGAAUAUGGCCAAUUCUAUCAUUGGGGCCGGUAUAAUUGGGCAACCUUACGCAUUCCGCCAAGCUGGUCUCGUCACGGGCAUCAUUUUGCUCAUUGUCCUCACGAUCACUGUGGACUGGACCAUCCGCCUUAUUGUUAUCAACAGUAAGCUGAGCGGGAGUAACAGUUUUCAGGGCACGGUACAACAUUGUUUUGGAAAGACGGGCUUGAUUGCUAUUUCCGUUGCUCAGUGGGCUUUUGCAUUUGGUGGGAUGGUGGCGUUUGGAAUCAUAGUUGGGGACUCUAUACCACAUGUUCUGGCCGCGAUCUGGCCUGGUCUGGAGGAUAUGCCGGUUUUGGGUCUGUUGGCCGAUCGGAGAGCUGUGAUUGUUGUUUUUAUUUUGGGAGUCAGUUACCCCCUGAGUCUCUAUAGAGAUAUUGCAAAGUUGGCUAAAGCCAGUACCUUGGCUUUGAUCAGUAUGGUGAUCAUCUUAAUAACGGUCGUCACACAAGGUUUCUUCGUUCCAGCAUCUUCGAAGGGCACUUUUAGCCUCCCUCUCUUGACCAUCAAUACAGGCAUCUUCCAGGCCGUUGGUGUCAUCUCUUUCGCAUUCGUCUGCCACCAUAACUCUCUUCUCAUAUACGGCUCUCUCAAGACGCCCACUAUCGACCGCUUCGCCAAAGUAACCCACUACAGUACCUCCAUAUCUAUGGUGGCCUGUCUUCUUAUGGCCCUCGCGGGCUUCCUAACUUUCGGUUCCCUCACAGAGGGAAACGUACUCAACAACUUCCCUUCCGACAACACCAUGGUUAACAUCGCACGCCUCUGUUUUGGGCUAAACAUGCUCACUACCCUCCCUCUCGAGGCAUUUGUUUGCAGAGAAGUCAUGUUCAACUAUUGGUUCCCGGGAGAACCGUUCAACAUGAACCUGCACCUGAUAUUCUCGACCAGUCUGGUAGUCAGUGCCAUGACACUAAGUGUCAUUACUUGCGAUCUGGGCGCCGUCUUCGAGCUGAUCGGGGCCACGAGUGCCUGUGCCCUGGCGUAUAUCUUGCCGCCGCUAUGCUACAUCAAGCUAAGUACCAGGAGUUGGAAGACUAUUCCUGCGGUGAUUUGCGUGGCGUUCGGCUUCCUAGUCAUGGGCAUCAGUUUGGUGCAAGCUAUAGCGAAAACGAUACGGAAUGAGGGCGGCGUCUCGCAAUGUCGAACAUGA